AUGUUCGUUUUGAUCGCUAGCGCUAUCGUAACCUUCCCUACGAUGUUUUUUUGGACAGCUCUUCGAGCGUUUGUUAGAAUAAAGAACAGCGGCGCUGUCCACCGCGAAGGCUCCAGCCAGCGCGUCGGCUGCUACUCGACACUCUUCCCCUUUAUAGCCCUAGCCGUCUUGGCUGGCAAGCUUGGCAAUCCGCUGAAGCCCACUGCGGCGCCGCCUAGAACUUGUUCCGGAGCCACUGAAAGGACGCCGAGACCAGGGCUAAGGUUGCCUUGCUCCCGCCUGACCCUGCCUGCCUGGCAUACCUGA